AUGGAAGAAGAGGAGGAAGAUAGGGUUUUGCUCAGCAAUUUAGGUGUUACGUCUGCAAAUCCUGAAGACAUUGAACGUGACAUUUUAGAAAAGGCAGGAAAAAAUGCUGAAGACAGUAGUGAAGCUGGAAGGGAUGGAGAUGAGGUGCUUCACAAUCAAACCAAAAGCAACAAAACGCUAUCUACUGUUCAUGAAAAUUUGAACAACAAAUUGAGAGCUGUUGAAAUUGAAAUAGAUGCUGUUACAUCUGCUGUUAAACAAUUGGAGAGCUUCAAAAGACAUGAUGAUAUUUUUUCUGAAGGUGACGAUGAAAGGGAGCAGGAAGCUGCAGAUAUUGAAAAAGAUAAUCUUUGGGCAUCUCCAAAUGAUGUGACCCUUCAGCAUGCUCUUGCUGCAGAUCGAUUAAGAAGCCUGAUAAAUACAAAGGCUCAACUUGAGAAAGAAAUUUUGGAUUCUUCCAAUGACAUUAAGGAUAACAAGUUGUUAAGAGAUCUCGUCAAGGAAGAGCCUAAAACCAAACGAAAGUUGAAAGAGAUUCAGAAAACAAGCACGAAAAAGAACAAGAACAAAAGGGUGAAAACAGUUUCAUUCAUUGAAGAUGAUGAUUUUGAUGCUGUUCUAAAUGUGGCCUCUACAGGGUUUGUGGAAACAGAAAGGGAUGAGUUAGUUCGGAAAGGAGUUUUAACUCCGUUUCACAAGCUUCAAGGCUUUGAACGCCGUAUAGAGGAGCCAGAACCAUCCAAUAGGCACAGAGUAGCCGAAGAUGUAAAAAAUAAUAACAGUCUUGCUUCAUCUAGCAUAGGUAGAGCUCUUCAGUCAAUGUCAGAGGCUGCACAAGCUCGCCCCACAACUAAGUUGCUUGACCCAGAAUCAGUGCCAAAGCUUGAGGCUCCCACCCAUCCUUUCCAAAGGCUAAAAGCUCCCUUGAAGAUCUCUCAGUCCCUUGAAACUGAGACAGUGAAGGAUAAAGACAGCAAAAGAAAGAAGAAAAGACCAUUGCCAUCAAAGAAGUGGCGGAGGCUAGCCUCUCGAGAGGAAAACGAAGAAGCUGAUGCAAAAACCUCUAGUUAUGAAGAAGACGAUUUGGAAGAUAUUGAAGACGUGGAAGAUGAAGGACCUUCAUUUGUGACGCUUGAAGGGGGACUGAGAAUCCCAGAAACAAUUUUUACCAAGCUUUUUGACUAUCAGAAGGUUGGUGUACAGUGGUUAUGGGAACUACAUUGUCAAAGAGCAGGAGGAAUAAUUGGAGAUGAAAUGGGUCUUGGUAAAACCAUCCAGCAGUGGAAGAGAGAAGCUAUGAAAUGGUAUCCAAGAUUUCAUGUGGAGAUAUUACAUGACUCUGCUCAGGAAAUGACCACUAGGAAAAAGAGAUCAAAAUCAAAUGAAAGCGAUAAUGAAAGUGAUGAAUUGCUUGACAGUGAUAGUGAAGGAAAAUUACCUUCUAAAAGUACCAAAAGAUGGGAUGCUCUGAUAUAUCGUGUUUUGACAUCAGAAUCUGGUCUGCUGAUCACAACUUAUGAACAACUUCGUUUAAUAGGUGAUAAAUUGCUUGAUAUCGAAUGGGGAUAUGCCAUUUUAGAUGAAGGACAUCGGAUUCGAAAUCCAAAUGCUGAAAUCACUCUUGUUUGCAAACAGUUGCAGACUGUUCAUCGUGUGAUAAUGACGGGUGCACCUAUUCAGAACAAACUGUCUGAAUUGUGGUCCUUGUUUGAUUUUGUCUUCCCUGGAAAGCUUGGUGUUUUACCCAUUUUUGAGGCUGAAUUUGCUGUUCCCAUAUCUGUUGGUGGUUAUGCUAAUGCAACUCCUUUGCAAGUUUCCACUGCUUACAGAUGUGCUGUUGUUCUACGUGACUUGAUCAUGCCUUACCUUCUCCGGCGGAUGAAGGCUGAUGUGAAUGCUCAUCUUCCAAAGAAGACUGAACAUGUCCUCUUUUGCAGUCUCACUCCAGGGCAGCGAUCUGUAUAUCGUGCUUUUCUUGCUAGCUCCGAGGUUGAACAAAUUUUUGAUGGAAACAGGAACUCUCUGUAUGGAAUUGAUGUGAUGCGUAAGAUUUGCAACCAUCCCGAUCUACUUGAGAGAGAACAUUCUCAAGGGAAUCCAGACUACGGAAAUCCUGAACGUAGUGGAAAAAUGAAAGUUGUUGCUCAAGUGCUUAAGGUGUGGAAUGAGCAGGGACACCGUGUUCUUCUUUUUUCACAAACUCAACAGAUGCUUGAUAUUCUUGAGAAUUUUUUGAUUGCUGGUGGCUAUAAUUACAGGCGAAUGGAUGGUCUUACUCCUGUAAAACAGAGAAUGGCUCUGAUAGAUGAAUUUAACAAUUCUGCGGAUGUGUUCAUUUUUAUUUUGACGACCAAGGUUGGUGGCCUGGGAACAAAUUUGACUGGUGCCAACAGGGUGAUCAUUUUUGACCCUGACUGGAACCCCUCAACUGAUAUGCAGGCCCGGGAGCGUGCUUGGCGUAUUGGUCAAAGAAAGGACGUUACAGUUUAUAGAUUGAUUACUCGUGGAACAAUUGAAGAGAAGGUGUAUCACAGGCAGAUCUACAAACAUUUCCUUACCAAUAAAAUAUUGAAGAAUCCACGACAGAGAAGAUUUUUCAAAGCUCGUGAUAUGAAGGAUCUUUUCACGUUAAAUGAGGAUGAAAAUGGUCUCUCUACAGAAACAUCUAGUAUUUUUGGUCAAUUGUUGGAAGAAGUAGAUGUUGUAGGGGCCCAUAAAAAUAAACAGGAUAAGCCAGAUUCUGAGAAAGCCUCCAAAUCGGAUCCCAAUGGUUCCGCAACUGACUUGGGACAUAAUUCAGAGGCUAAUGGUGAAGAAACAGCCAGUCCUGGUGAUGUAGAUGAAGAUACAAGCUUUCUGCAGAGUCUUUUUGAUGCUCAUGGGAUUCACAGUGCUGUGAACCAUGACGCUAUCUUGAAUGCUCAUGAUGAAGACAAGACAAAGCUUGAGGAAGAAGCUUCCCAAGUUGCACAGAGAGCUGCUGAAGCACUGCGCCAUUCACGAAUACUUAGAAACCAAGAAAGUAUAACUGUUCCAACCUGGACCGGAAAAUCGGGUGCUGCUGGUGCACCAUCAUCUGUCAGAAGAAAAUUUGGGUCAACUGUUAAUUCCCAAUUAUUAACCAAUUCAAGGCCAUUGGAAGACGUACCAAAUAAUGAAGCCAGCAGGCAAUAUCAGAUUACUGCUGGGGCAUCAUCAGGUAAAGCAUUGUCCUCAGCCGAGUUACUGGCUAAGAUUAGAGGAAACCAAGAAACAGCCAUUAGUGAUGGGCUUGAGCAUCAGUUUGGCAUGCCUUCAACUUCUGGUGGCCGUGAAAGAUCUACAAGUAAUGGGCCUUCUAGAUCAUCGAACACCUUCGGAUCGCAGCCAGAAGUUUUGAUUCGUCAAAUUUGUACAUUUAUCCAACGGAAAGGUGGAAGCACAGAUUCAGUCAGCAUUGUCGAGCAUUUCAAAGACAGGAUACCAUCAAAAUAUCUGCCACUGUUUAAGAAUCUUUUAAAGGAGAUAGCUAUUUUAAAGAAAAACCCUAACGGGUCCUUUUGGGUUCUGAAGCCGGAGUACAAGGAGCAGUAA